AACAGCUCUGAGCGCAAGCUGCACUCGCAGACUGCUGGCCGCUAACAACUUCCGAUGAUGCAGGUCACAUGCCACUGUAGGUGAAAGGUGACCUGCUUUUUUAUUUUAUUUUUUAAAGAUAUUUUUUAGUGAAAGUGAAACUGUUAAUCCCAAGUCGCCUACUGACUACACAUCCGCUGGAUCAGGCAUUUUCUGAUGUACGUUAUUUUUGAUCUUUUUCAUGGAUUUCAAGGACAUUCACAAGUCCCCAGUCAAGUUGUUGUCUCCAGGAUUCCCAGGGAGACUGGAAUGCCAGUACAUCGUGGUUCUGCUGUUUGCGCGCUUAUGCCAGGUUGUGCGGAUGACGCGUCAGUGAGCAGCGAGGACGAGGCUGACAUGAGCGAGCCUUCGUGGCUGCCAGCCGAGCCGGGAGCGACAUCGCCGCUUAGCCUGGCCGGCCGAGCAGAGACCAUGCGCCACAGUCCCAACAUUGCCGGCAACAGGGAGGACGAUGAUGAUUCAUCGUCCGAGAGCGGCAGCGGCCUUCCCGCCCUCACCCCUCCAUCCUCGUCCUCAGCCAUUGUCAUCAGGGAAGCCCACGUUGUCAAUGGCAACUGUGGCCCCGCCCCGCUCAACUUCAGCACACCCACAUCAUGGGCCUCGUCCUCCGAGGAUCAGCAGCCCGUGAACCUGAGCGAGGCGCCCCCUCAGAAGCCGCCGCUGGGACCCUCUCACCUGCCCGUUACCGUGUCAGCAGCGGCGGCGGCCCUGCUCGGCGCCCUGCAUCCCAACAUGCCUGAGGAGCUUCGCAGAAAGUAUCCGCUGGCCGCCAAACCUCCGCUGGCUCCUCAUCCCGCACUGCCCGUGCCGCAUGUGCAUAUCCCGCACACGCACGCCAUGCAGGGCAGUGAGUUGCGACUGGACCGCGACUAUGGCGGCAAGUCUCCCAUGUACAGUUCUGGUGGCAGCUACGACAGCAUCAAGAUGGAGCCGAGCGCUGAGGACCUCAGUACCAGCCGUCUUGGUGGUCCUGUUGCCCCCGACGAUGACGACGACGAGCAUGACGAGCACGAGGACAGCGACAAGAUUAAUGAUACAGAGGGUGUCGACCCGGAGCGGCUGAAGGCCUUCAAUAUGUUUGUGCGUCUGUUUGUGGACGAGAACUUAGACCGGAUGGUUCCCAUCUCCAAGCAGCCCAAAGAGAAGAUCCAGGCUAUCAUUGAGUCCUGCAGCAGACAAUUCCCAGAAUUCCAAGAGCGCGCCCGCAAGCGAAUUCGCACCUACCUCAAAUCCUGCCGGCGCAUGAAAAAGAACGGCAUGGAGACCCGGCCCACUCCGCCUCACCUCACUUCCGCCAUGGCGGAGAACAUCCUGGCCGCCGCCUGCGAGAGUGAAUCACGCAAUGCUGCCAAGAGGAUGCGCCUGGAUGCCUAUCAUGAUGAGCAGAUAUCACUGGACAAACCCUCCAGUGGUAGCGGCGCCCCAAGGGAGCCAGCGUCACUCGUUUCCUCCGCCUACUCGCUGGCCGCGUCCGCCUUCUCCAACCAGGAGCCACAGGUCUACAUCAACGGCGCCGGACUCAGCUAUGGUUACCGUGGAUACCUGGGGCUGGGCGGAGCGGUUUCUUUGACGACUGGUGCCGGCGCUCAGAGCAACGGCCCCACAGACCUGAGCAUGAAGUCGCUCUCGUCCACCAACAUGGUCACCGCCACCAACCACUGUCUGGGUGGGCGGGGUGGCGGCGGGGCCUCAGCCCAACUCAGCCAACCGGAGAUCGCGGCCGUGCGUCAGCUGAUUGCCGGAUACCGGGAGUCAGCGGCUUUCCUGCUGCGCUCCGCUGAUGAGCUGGAGAAUCUCAUCCUGCAGCAGAACUGAGUGCAUACACGCACUCAUAUUCAGCCUUUCUCGACACGUCUGGGAGAAACUGUGGGAAUAGAGUGAGUUGGUAAGUACUUGAGAGGAGGUUAUCCUGCUCUACCCACAAUCAGCGAACCUCCGAUGAAGAGCGACUUUGAUAUCCCAUACCCUCCAUGUGUUCCGGCACCCUCUUGGACACAUUGGCUUGUACAUAGAAGCACUUUUCCUGCUAGCCUUUCCACCACUUCAUAUGCACCUCAACUCCUGUUGACCAGAGCAGGAAAUACCUCAAUCAUCCGCUUCCUGCCUCGUUGUUGUAAAUAUUCAGCUGAAGAUGCUGAGGAUGAAGAUGUGUGUGUGAGUGUGUGUAUGCUAAAUGCUAAUGACCGCUCCUUUAUUACCUCCCACGCUAACGUGGUCGGCACGUCUCUUCGGACCUCCUCCGUCUCUUCUCGAUGGACCUAAAGCUCCUGCUCGUCCUCGCUAGCGUCCGCCACAGGAAGAGGAGAGCACUGGGACAUUGCUGCUAAAACGAGAGGCGGAGCUUCUGCCAUCGACAUACACGAGACCUCACAAAUGGCGACGACAACGGACCACCAAAAGCUUUCUUGUGUGGCACAUCUUUUGUGGACUGGCCCGCCAAUUCGGCAACACGUUGCUACGUCUACGCUAUUGGCUGCAGGGCUGUUUGUUUUCUGGAUCAACCACUGAGCAGCUUCGGGUUGUUGUGAGGAGAAGGUUAGCCUAGCUUAAAAUUGUACGUUUUUAUUUAAAAACGGCACUAUAAGUCCAACAUUAACUUUGUUUCACAUUGUACAACUAGUCAACAAGAUGACCACAUCACUGGAUGUCGCUAUUGUAUUCCAUCUUAGACAAUAGGUUCAAUUCCCUCGGUCUGGAUCAGUCAAUGAGCAGCCUCAGUUUGUUGCGAGGAGAGUUAGCUGACGUUAAAGUUGUGUUAAUUUCUUUAGUUUGUUCUUAAUUUUGUUUUAUGUCGCACAGCUACUCAACAAUUUUAUUUUUUAAAAGUCUGACAUGGACUUCGUACUCCCAUUAUACAGAUAGUCAACAAGUUAGCGUCACCAGAUGUCACAAAUGACUUAAAUUUUACAUAUGAGAUUAGCAUGAUGAGCAGCCUCGAAUUGCCAUGAGGAUAAAGCCAGCCUGGGUUUAAAUCCUAUUGUUUUAUUUGAAACAAACUUGAAAUUUGCCAACAUGUAAACACAUUGUACAGCUAGCUAUUCAAUGGCAUCAUUGGUCAAAUCUUAGCAUAACAUCUUAUUCUUUCAAACCAGCAUUAACGGUGUCAUCUCUAAGUACAUCGAACAUUCCAAAUGCCUCCAUUAGGAUAACCACCAUCUCGUAAUGCUAAGACAAGAUGUUUCAUGCUAAGCUUAUGUAACUAGUGGUAAGUGGGCAACUUUGCUCAUGAGCGACUUUGAUUUUUUUUUUUCCCCCGCCAACAAGACGAACUAGCAUGUAGUUUCCAACUUCAUGGGGCAAGAUGUUAAUAUGCGGCUUCUUUACCUAACGAACUGUCAUCUUUUUAUCGAGACUUUCAGUACAAUGAUUGCGGUUGUCGUGAGGAAACACAGGUAGUGGCAUAAAAUCACAUUAUUCUUUAACUGAAGCCAACAUUGAUAUUGUUCUCACAGCACGUGAGUAUGUCAAGCAGUCUUUAUACAGUAAGCUAGGCUGAAUGACAAACUAAUCAUGAAAUGAAGGUCGUGACUUUGCUAAUUGAUGACUCUUUGUUUCCCUAUAAAUUUGUUGUGCAAAAACAACAUGUUAAAUAAUGAACAAGGUAACGCUGACGCUCGGACAGAGGACAUUUUAAAAGGUGACUUGUUUCCGACUGAUGUAUUGAUUUUAUGGUGGAAAGGGGGCAGAUUGUUUCUCUUGGUCUUUAUUUAUUUAGAUUUUUUUUAGAUUUUUUUUUACACAAUGCAGCUGAUAAUCACGAUGUUCCCUCGACAUUAGGCGGUCUCACACUGUGAGACUUUAGCAUUUGCCAGAGCAAUGAGAGUUAAUGUGACUUUUGUCUUUGUGGAACAUUCCCGAUUUGAACUGUGAAGGUUCUUGUUUUAUUUGUUUGACCAAUAUGCAAAAAAGAAAAAAAGAAAAAAAAAAAGAAA